AUAAGGCCCCGCUACCUGCAGAGCUGCAGCACCGCGGCCCUUCGGCGCCGUGGCCGAGCAGCUCGGAAAGCACCGGGCACCGAGGGGAGAGGGGCCCCAGCAGGGCCCCACCGGCCUUGCCCCCGGACAGGACUUGGUGCACCCUGACAGAAAGCCCACGGCCUGCACCUGGCCUUCAGCCCCGACCCCGGGCUGGCCGGGGUGCCGCAGGCUGUGGUGUGUUUUAAAAAAAAAAUCCACGCGGAUUUACUAAGCAGCCUCUCCGUAAUGUGCAUGAUGCACCGAGGGGAUGUGGAGAUCACGGAGAUUUUAUUCGUAGUUGCUGCUGUGAUUGCUGGCUGGAUUUGUACAGCUCGCCCUCAGCCCCGGUGGCAGCGGUUCCCGUUUGUUGGCGUCACAGCUGUCCCCGCGUGCUUUGUGUCGCCUGGCUCCAGCACAGCCGCCCCGCCUCACCGCUGAGAAGGAUGUUCCCCGCCGCCUGGAGGUUUAGCCAGCGUGCCACCUCCCUUCCCAGACACAACCUCCCAUUUGGAAGAGAGGAGGUUUGGGAAACUGCUUUUGCUCCUUGGAACUGACUUGAGGGCAAAGAGGGUUUGGGAGUGAACAAGGGUGAAAUACCGUUAUUUCUUACUGCCCAAAUUUAUUCUUUCCGUAGACAAUGCUUCACAUCACAGCAUGACAGCUAAGCAUUGCAUUGACGUUUUGGAGCUCACGGGUCACCUUUGUCUAACUUUUAUGGAUAACAAGACAGGAAUGACUCCUCACAGACUCUACCGCACACUCAAAAUAAGGCAGGCUAAUGGCAAGAGAUUCAGCUUUGGGUUCAUGGAGAAGGCUGUGAAGUCUGGCUCCAUGCGGCUGGGGAAGGAUGCCAUCAUCUUCACCAAGACUGGAAGGGUUCUCAGCAUGGGGCAGCUUUCCUAGCUCUCCAUGGACUGUGUCCAUGGUGAGACAGUGAUUAUCCCACUGGUGUAAUUCAACCAGCAAAAUGAGAACAUGAUUGUUACUGAAGGCUCUGUGCCUAGCCUGGAGGCCAUCCUGGAGCAUACCGUCUUCAAUACCAGGGAGGAGCUGCUGGCACAGUUCAGUGCCAUUCCGGGCAAAAAGGGCACGCAUAUCCUCAUUGGGAACAUUCGCAGAAAUAAAGAUGGGAAGCUGGAGCUGGAUUUUGAUAUGGACGAGCAUAUUCGGAUAGCAGACUUCCUUGCAGAUGAUGGGGAGAUUCCCAGCACAAAGGUUCUGCACUCUCAGAAGAUGGUUCCAGAGUUUCCUGGCCCAGAAAUGGAGUACUCAUUACAGGCAUACUGCAGUAUCUUGUACCUAAAGCCUUGCAUGCAGAUUGUCCUGCAACAGAAGAAGGUGAACACUCAGCUGAUCACCAGGAGCCUGGCCAAUGUUGAAUAUGAUUUUUACAAGCCAAGAUUUCAGAGCAAAAGGGUGAAGAUCACCUUUGGAUUCACCUGCAAGAACAAAAGCCACUAGGGGAUCAUGAUGUACCACAACAACCGGCUCAUCAGAUCCUAUGAGAAGGUGGGCUGUCAAAGUAAGGGAGGUGGUGUGGGUGUGAUUGGUGUAAUUGAAUGCAACUUCCUGAAUUGAGCACACAACAAAGAGGAGUUUGAAGAAGGCAAAGAGUGCCAACAGACGAUCGCUGUGCUGGGACAGAAACUCAACAGCUAUUGGAAAGUGAAGAUGGCACAGAUGAAUUUGGGAAAUGUGGAUGCAGCUUGCAUGAUAGCAGAGAGACCAGACCAGACAUGGGUACAAUGUGAAGAGUGUCUGAAGUGGAGGAAGCUCCCUGACCAGGUUGACUCUACAUUGUUACCAGAAAGCUGGUUUUGUCGUCUCUAGCCCCUUCCCAGAUACAGAAGCUGUUUGACACCCUAGGAGCAGGAAUACAGUGAUGAGGAGAAGUGACCCAGAUACAGACAGAAAUGCCAGAAGGGGGAGCUGGACGGAGAGAGGAAGAAGAGAUUGUUAUCAUCCGGGGAGAGUGUGGAACAGCAAGUGUCGUUCCCUGCAUCAAUGCCCUUGUCUGCUUGGACCAGUAGUUUCACCUGCACUGUGAAGCUGGAGGCUGAAGAAAAAGGGACUGCUGACUUUCCCCCUUUUCUCAAAAAGAUGACCAUAGUCCAGAGAGGAGAUGGACCUCAGGAGAAGACCAGACCCUUAACAGCAAGCAAGCCGAAGUUCACCAUAAAAGAAGAAAUACUGGAAAAGCAUGGCAACCUAGUGGAAGCUUCACCCCCAGACCUGACUUGUCUCAGUCCUCCUACUUCUCCCCUUCAGAAGAUCUUUGCAGUACCUUACCAAGAAAGGGAAAAACUUCUGUAUAUAAACCAGGAGGAUAUGAAUGUAGGUGGCAGCUUGCACACCUGUCUGCUCAAAAAGCAGCUGGCAAUCUGAGCAGCACCAUCCCUGCUAAGUGUAUCAUGCUGCCUCAAGGCAGAGACUCCAGCAUUACCCAGUAGCUCAGCAGGAGAUCAGAAGGAGACUGGUGUGGCCCAGGGGAAGCUGGAAAAGCAAAUGUCAAACUUAAUAGCAGAAAGACAGGCUACAGACUUAAGUGUGCAUGUAAAUUCAUACAGGAGGACGAAAGACAUAGACAAGGGGUUCUUUGUGGCAGUUGGUGUUUUGAAGGCUGCUGCAAGUGGUGAAGCUCCCCCUCGGCUUCCCUUUGGAUGGAAGGCAAGACUUGACAGAUCAAAGGUGAAGAAAGGCCCAUGCCUCAGCAGUGGAGACAGAGGAGGAAGAGAAUUGCAGGUCCAUAACAAACAGGAGCAGAAGGACAUAAUGGAGUGUGAGAAUGUGAAAAGACCAGUGUAGAAUCUCUUUGUGGAACUGAAGACUAUUUCAGCAGUGUGGGAUGUGCUCUGGUGCAAGGUGGAGAAAAUUGAGCAUGAAAAGUGUUGCCUGAAAACAGAGUUCUUGACAUGCCAACAGGAACUGGCACUGCUCAGAGCUCAGAAGAUAGAAGGGUUGCCCUGCAGCAAGAAAUACACGUGUUAGUGCCAAGCUGUGUGGCAGAAGCGGAAAGCAAAGCUGGCGAGGUCUGCAGAGGAGAAGGCUGAACUGACAGAGAGACUCAGGAAUACAGAGAUGCACUUAAGGGUGCUGAGGGAGGCACAGGUUUCCUGCAGGGGCCCAGAGAAGGAAGACCUGAAGAGUGUUAUGGAGAAACUUAAGAACCUGCUUAUGAAUGUGAGCUGGCUCCUCUCGUUCAUCCUCACCCACUUGGAGCUCCAGGAUAUUAACUUCGAGUUGGAUCAGGUAGAUGAGAUCUUGCAGACCAUACUGGAGGAGACGAACCUCAUGUUGGAGUAGUCUCUUCUCUCCUGCCACUGUGCCUUUUGCACAUGAUCAUUAAUAAAACCCUGUUUUCUUUA